CUCUAUGUAAACGGCGUCGUUUGAUAGGUGGAGAAAAAUAAUCCCACUACGCCGCCAUUGUUCUUCGGAAGGCUCUGGUUAUGUUCACUGUUACAGUUAACUCCCGAAACAAAACCCCAUUAAAGUUGAUAGCUAGGGCUUUUCAUACCCGUUCUAUCUUUUGGAUAUGGCGGAUGAUAUUGUUACCUCUCAACAGCCUUCUUCUUCCUCCCAAUUCAACCCUCCUUCCCGGAUUAUCUGCCAUGUUUGUCAAAAGCAAUUUUCGCAAUAUACUUGCCCUCGGUGCAAUUCACGGUACUGUUCCCUGCACUGCUACAAGUCUCAUAGUAUUCGCUGCACUGAAUCUUUUAUGAGGGACAAUGUUGUUGAGGAGCUUCAGCAGUUGGAGCCUAAGGAUGAGACUAAACAAAAAAUGUUGGAUAUUCUAAGAAGAUUUCAUUCAGAAGAAGAAACAGAUGAUAUGGACGAGGAGGAAGAUUCAACUCUGUCUGAGGAGACCAUUCAGAAGGUUUUGUCUGGAGUUCAAGUCAGUUUUGAUGAUUUAUCCGUUGAAGAAAGGAAACGAUUCAAAAGAGCUGUUGCAUCUGGAGAACUAAGCAAAAUGAUUGAGCCUUGGGAUGCAUGGUGGUUGAGGCCUGCUGCCAAAACAAUAUCUCUCAGCAAGGAAGGAACUCAACUUGUUCAACCACUAGCUGAACAGGAAGCAUCAAUAUUACCGCAAAAUGAUAGAGAAAGCAACCAAGCAAGUGAGAUUCCUCCUGGCCCCGAAUCCCCACUGCCUCCUGUUAGCAAGCUAAUCUCCACAGAGCCAUCACCAUUUUUAGCUGUUCAUCUGGUUGAUAUUGUAUAUAGCUAUUGUUUCACACUUCGUCUCUACAAUGGCGAUUGGCAAUCGGAUGCUUUAGGAUCAGCCAUGGUAGUCUUAGGUGUUUCCUCUGUGUUGGGUCAAGGUGGGCAGCCAGAGACAGUUUUAGAAGCUCUUUCUUACUGCUUGGAGCAAACCUGCUCUCCAGCUUACAGACAUAUGGGCGGUUUGCAAUUUGGAUUGGGUCUUGUCGACGAUGUUGUAAGCAUACUUACACUAGGAAGUCCUGCUUUAUUGUGCUUGCUUUCCGAUUUGCAGAGGCUGGUUCAAGCUGGUGAGAGGGACUUGAAAUCGGAGAAAUCGGUAAAACCAAGAAGGAAGGAAAUUAAAAGUAAGCUAAAACAUGCAGAGAGGAAGAUUUACUUCAUUAUGUGUUGGGUCCAUGAGCAACCUGGUGAAGCUUGGUCUUCUCUAGCAGCCAUUAUAAGGGCAGAGAAAAGUUCGGGUAUGGAUUUUGAAAGCAUUUCAAGGUGUGGGAAAGUGAAGAGAAAAGCCGAAAUGAAGGGAAACGUUUUGAUUGAGGAGAUGUAACUGAACGAUAAUCAUCUUUUGUUUGAAAAUGAAUGAUACUAUGCUUCUUUGUUUUGGAAAGGCAGAGCAAAAGAGUCAAGGUUGUGGAAUGAACAGGACUCGUGAAUAUGCUUGUAAAUCUUUUUUUCUCACCAAUCAUGAUCAUUCGUAUCUGUUGAGAUACCAAUAUACAAGCCAUUUUAUCCAUCA